AUGAAAAACUAUUUCCGAUAUCCAAGCACGAGGCGGAAAGAAUAUCCUCCCACCAUCACAACCGCUCGUUCAGCAUAUUGCAAUGGAAAGAUCCUUUGCACGAUCGUCAUCAUUACACUCCUAGUCUUUGGUAUUUUGAAGGAUGUUCAAGGUCUCUCCCUACUAGGACAUCAGGAUGGACCACCACCAGGAAGUUAUUGGAAAUACUCUCAACCCAGAGCAAUCACGACCUUAGUAAACACAGACAAGCCAAGAACAGUACUCAAAUCAUCCGUUCAAUAUCAACCGAUGUAUACUGGAAUGAAGGUUACAUUGGUGGGUAGUCAAAACAAAUACUUUUACAUUCGGGUGAAUGAUACCGACAAAUCAGAUCAGCACCUUGUGUUCGGUGCAAGUGUUGUCUCAUCAACACGGCCAGAUAAUAGGUUCUCUCUAAGUAUUGAUGCUGAUCCAUGUGUUAUUGGAUCUUUUAGUUAUCCCAUUGAUGUUGACCUUGAUGGGGAUUAUCACCUUUCUGUCAUCUUUCAAAACUGUAAAAACUACGACUAUCCUUAUCUCUAUGUGACCGUGAGUUCUAAUUUUCAGCCUCAAGACAAAGGAGUGGUUGAAUUUGAGUUUGCACAAGAAAGGUACUCUGACAACACCAUUAUCAUUACUGUUCCAAGUUUUUUGAUACCGCUUACAGGUAUUUCACUUGCUGGGAUUGCUUUGAUUUAUGUCUUUAUCAAAAAGAAGAUGAGACAAACCAUUAACAAAAUUGUAGAUGAAUCGAACAUUAAGAAGGAGGAGGAGGAAAAAAAGAAGCAUGAAAGAGAUGUAAUUGCUAACGAAAAUUCUCACAAGAAACCUUCACACAUUAUUCCUCAACCUCAACUUCCAUCCACGAUCCCACACCAAGUUAUUGAGGUCAACCAAAAAGGUACUGCUCCUCAGGCUCGAGAGGUUACAACAACAUAUUCUAAUGAGGGUAUUGUAAAUUAUGUGCAACCGCCAGUCUACCAACAACAGCAAGUGAUAGAUCAACCACCGCUUCCUUACCCCGUUCAAAAUGACGCAUAUGUCCCUCAACCAAUAUUUAAUCCUAUUGGAAUGCAAGGUAUGCAAGUUGACUAUCCUCCCCCACCUGCAUAUCCAAAUACUACUCAUCAAGCAGGAAUAAUUACCAGUACAACCACGACAACUGUACUUGUUGGCCCUCCCAUUGGUGACAACAAUUUUGCAAACACCAAACCUCACGAGCCAUAG